UGUGCCGUUUGAAAGAGUUAGUAAUAGGCGAUCUCCGCGCACAGUGGAGGGAAGGGGGUCACUGUUUUUUUUUUCCAGCCAUCCUCGCCCUGCACAGUGAUCUAGAAAUGCAGAGCUGCGCUAAGUCGUGGAGUUUCUUUGUGUCCAAGUCGGUGAGUCGGUGCGCACCGUGCAGGCGGAGCAGCUCUGCUUGGAAAGCUCAGAGCAGGAUCCGGCUCCAGCGCAGCUCAGCGUCCCUAACAACAGCAGGAGCAGCAGCCCGGGGUCUCUCUACCUCUGCAGCCGCCUCCUCCAGGCAGAUAGAGCGCAUUUUACCCAGACACGAUGACUUUGCAGAGAGGCACAUCGGUCCAGGUGAGAGGGAGAAGAGAGAAAUGCUGGAUGUUUUGGGACUCGAGUCAGUCGACCAGUUGAUAGAAAACACAGUUCCAUCCUCCAUCCGAAUUCAGCGCAGUUUGAAGAUGGACGAUCCAAUUUGUGAAAAUGAGAUUCUGGAGGCUUUGCAGAAGAUUGCUGCAAAGAACAAAGUUUGGAGGUCCUAUAUCGGAAUGGGCUACUACAACUGCUCUGUACCGCCACCCAUCCAGCGCAAUCUCCUGGAGAAUGCAGGCUGGGUGACUCAGUACACGCCUUACCAGCCAGAGGUCUCUCAGGGCCGCCUGGAGUCCCUUCUCAAUUAUCAGACCAUGAUCUGUGACAUCACAGGCAUGCCUGUGGCCAACGCUUCACUGCUGGAUGAGGGGACAGCCGCUGCAGAGGCCAUGCAGCUCUGCCACAGACAGAACAAGAGACGAACCUUUUACAUCGACCCGCGUUGCCAUCCUCAAACCAUUGCUGUGGUGCAGACCAGAGCUAACUACAUUGGAGUGAAAACAGUUCUGAAGCUGCCUCAUGAGAUGGACUUCAGUGGAAAGGAUGUGAGCGGUGUGCUCUUCCAGUAUCCAGACACUGAUGGCAGAGUAGAGGACUUUACUGCCCUGGUAGACAGAGCUCACAAGGGAGGGGCCUUGGCUUGUUGCGCCACUGAUCUGCUCGCUCUCUGUGUUCUCCGUCCCCCUGGAGAGUUUGGAGUUGACGUUGCGCUAGGUAGUUCCCAGAGGUUUGGGGUUCCCCUCUGCUAUGGUGGCCCACAUGCUGCCUUCUUUGCAGUCAAAGACAACCUGGUCCGGAUGAUGCCCGGUAGAAUGGUGGGAGUCACCAGGGACGCCGCUGGUAAGGAGGUGUAUCGUUUAGCUCUGCAGACCAGAGAGCAGCACAUCCGCAGAGACAAGGCAACCAGCAACAUUUGCACAGCACAAGCUCUACUUGCGAACAUGGCAGCCAUGUAUACACUGUAUCAUGGUCCACAAGGACUUAAACACAUCGCUGAGAGGACUCACAAUGCUGCUCUGAUCCUUGCUGAAGGGCUAAAGAGAGCGGGCCAUCGCCUGCACAGCGACAUGUUUUUCGAUACCCUGAAGGUAAACUGUAGUGUGGCUGCCAAGGACAUCCUGGAGAGAGCUGUGCAGAGACAGAUAAACCUGCGGGUCUACUCCGAGGGAGUGCUGGGAGUCUCUUUGGAUGAAACAGUGACUGAAAGAGACUUGGAUGACUUGCUCUGGGUCUUUGGUUGUGAAUCUUCAGCUGAGCUGAUUGCUGAGAAGAUGGGCGAGCGAGUGAAGGGGAUUGUGGGAAGUCCUUUUAAAAGGACAAGCAAGUUCCUGACACACCAGGUCUUCAACAGUUACCACUCUGAGACCAACAUUGUUCGCUACAUGAAGCGGCUGGAAAACAAAGACAUUUCCCUGGUGCACAGCAUGAUACCACUGGGCUCCUGCACAAUGAAGCUCAAUAGCUCAUCAGAGCUCAUGCCCAUCACCUGGCGAGAGUUUGCUAACAUCCAUCCCUUCGUUCCUCUGGAUCAAGCUGAGGGCUACCAGAAACUUUUCAGGCAGCUGGAGAAGGAUCUGUGUGAAGUGACGGGUUACGAUAAGAUCUCCUUCCAGCCAAACAGUGGUGCUCAGGGGGAAUACGCUGGCCUGGCUGCCAUCAAAGCUUACCUAAACUCAAAGGGAGAGCACUUCAGAAGUGUCUGUCUCAUCCCAAAAUCAGCUCAUGGCACCAACCCAGCCAGCGCUCAGAUGGCGGGCAUGAAGGUUCAGGUGGUGGAGGUCGACAAAGACGGCAACAUAGAUCUGGCCCAUCUCAAGGCUCUGGUGGAUAAACACAAGGCCAGCCUGGCGGCCAUGAUGAUCACGUACCCGUCCACAUUUGGAGUGUUCGAGGAGAAUAUCCGAGACGUUUGUGAACUCAUCCAUGGAAACGGCGGCCAGGUGUAUCUGGAUGGCGCCAACAUGAACGCUCAGGUUGGUUUGUGUCGCCCUGGAGAUUACGGCUCUGAUGUGUCUCACCUGAACCUGCACAAAACCUUCUGCAUCCCUCAUGGCGGAGGAGGACCCGGCAUGGGCCCCAUCGGAGUGAAGGCACACCUGGCCCCUUUCCUUCCCAGCCACCCGGUGGUCGCCAUGCAUUCAGUCAACAGCAGCAGCUCACUGGGAACAAUCAGCGCUGCACCAUGGGGCUCCAGCGCCAUUCUGCCAAUCUCUUGGGCUUACAUAAAGAUGAUGGGGUCAAAGGGACUGACUCACGCUACGGAGGUGGCCAUCCUCAACGCUAACUACAUGGCCAAACGGUUGGAAGGGCACUAUAAAAUCCUCUUUAAAGGGAGGAAAGGUUUCGUUGCACAUGAGUUUAUCCUGGAUGUGAGGCCAUUCAAGAAGACCGCUAAUAUUGAGGCUGUCGAUUUGGCUAAGAGGCUGCAGGACUAUGGUUUCCAUGCACCGACAAUGUCAUGGCCGGUAGCGGGUACACUCAUGAUCGAACCCACCGAGUCGGAGGACAAGGCUGAGAUGGACCGGUUCUGUGAUGCUUUGCUUGCUAUCCGUCAGGAGAUAGCAGACAUUGAAGAGGGAAGGAUGGACUCCCGCAUUAACCCACUUAAGAUGGCGCCUCACUCUCUGGCAUGUAUCUCUUCGUCAAACUGGGACAGACCUUACUCCAGGGAGUUCGCCGCCUUCCCACUGCCCUUCAUAAGACCUGAGACCAAAUUCUGGCCAACCAUUUCAAGGAUUGACGACAUCUACGGCGACCAGAACCUUGUGUGCACCUGCCCACCCAUGGAGGUCUAUGAGUCCCCAUAUGAGGAGAAGAGAGCCUCCUCGUAGAUGCAGUCAGCAGCGCCGUCUCAAUGUCCAGCUGAUGUGGACAAUAAUAAAAGCUCCGACUUCCAUCACUUAUGAACUCAUGGCAACUGUAAGCCUGAAGACAGACCUGCUUGGCAAAGGAUGAAAGACUGGAACAAAACUGGCUUUUAAAGAGAUGAUGGGUUUAAACAUCCCAUCGACUGUGGUUAAUUUCUUCUAACCAAUCAUGAACCAUUCCAGAGUCUGCUCUGUUACCCCAAACAUGAUUGAUCAACUAAAAUGGAUCAGAAGUAAGAUCUGUUGUAGUCUAAAAAUGGGACAUUGGGGUGAAGGGCUGUAUGACUGCGGCAGGGUUGCCUCAGACUCAUCCCAACUUGAACUACUGAGAAGGACCAAAGGGUGCAGCUUGUUGCUCCCCAAUUUCUCGAAGAAGAAGCUCCCCCCUCAAGCAAAUGCUCUCAUGACAAACUUCUGAUGUCUUUUGAUCUCCAACGUCUAGAAUACCCCUGAUCGCAUUCUUCCUACGAAAUGGAAAUUUUACCUUAUUUUUUCCAGAUCCCUAAGAAACCUUGGAGAUGUAGUUUGUUUUUGUGUUUUGUUAAUAAUGGACCCGUCUUUGUAAGCUGUUUUUAAGUGUUGUGAAAAUGUCAAACUAGUAGAAGAAUCUUUUUUCUAAUCUAAAUAGUUUUUCUAUCAAAAACUUUGUCAAAAACAAAUUUCUGAAUUAAACGUGUUUGUCUUGUU